CUUAUUUAUCUAUCUAUUUAUCUUUUUCUUUUAAUUCAAAUUGUUUACGCACUAGCACAAAAUGUUUUAGUUUAUUAUACGAUAAACAAUGACAAUGAAUUAGUGACAAAGCAUGGUAAGAUAUGCGUUCACACGAAACGUUACGUCGCUGCAUUAAAUAUGCUCCGACAAGCCACGUGAUGUAUUCAGCUGGCAAUCGCUAUGAAGCCGUAGCCAGAAGUCAGUGCUGGUUCGACGACUUUCGCGAUCUAACGCGUACGUCUGGAAACUGCUACGAUUACAGGUAAUAUACGCGCCACUUCUUUCAUGCCGGGGCCUGUCUUAAUGGAUCUACAUCGCGUGACUGCGCAGUCGAAUUGACAAGUGUUUUUUUCUCUACGAUUAAAUAAAUUGUGAAAAUUUAAAUACAUUUUUUUAAUUUAGAGAUCCAUUAAUUUUAAUUUUAAAUUAAUUAAAGAUACUUUGGAUGAAGUUUUAAGUAUUUUUUAAAAAAAAAUAAUGGGAUCACAACAGUGCAUAAACAAAUGAAGGGACAAGAAACAAAAUAUAUAUUGCAUAUACGAUAAGAAAAAAAUAUAAUUAAAAAGAAGUAUAUGCUUUCUGAUUUUUGCAAUGCGUGUGAUUUUGUUUUCAUCUACGUGCACAUUCUUUUCAAUACAAUUAAAAAAUGUGUGAACGAGAAAAAAUUAUAUGAUGGAAGAUUCUUUUUUUUUUCUUCUUCUCUUCGAGUAAAUUGGACACCAAAAGUUAUAAUACUAUUCAUAUUAACAAUAUUGCGAUGAUAUGAUGAUAACGAAAGUAGAACAAUUUAUUAGAUUUUCCGAAUAUUAUCGAUUAACAAAUUGUGAUUGCUUAUCAAACUUGCUUAUCAAACUUAUUCAAAAAUCGUAAUUACAAGAAACGUAUAUUAAUUGAAUAAUCUUACAAAUAUGUGUCUUUUUUUCUUUUUUUCUGUUAUCACUUCUUUUUUCUUUCUCAAGGCAGACAAGAAAGAAUAGAAUUGUUGCUAUGACCGCUCAAGUAUUAGUAAAGCGGAAAAAAGCUUGCCGCUGCAUGUGCAGCGGUUUGGUCACGAGCGCGAGUUUUGAAGUAGUUGAAUAUCUUCUCUUUCUUCACAUGCAUGGGUCCUGGUUUAUUCAAUUACUACGUUCCUGUUGUGCACUAUCGACGACCAUCGUCACACUGCGCACGUGUAUCGGCUUUCUAAGCUCGAUUAAUACCAGAAAUGACCAAGGAUAAACAGUCAUGGUUUCGUGGCGUUCGAAGCAGUAAAUUUCGCCAUGUUUAUGGUGUACCUGCAAAACGAGAAAAAUGUUAUGACAAUAUCAAAAUCACGAAGAACGCCCACGACUCACAAUUUUGCGCUGUGAAUCCCAAAUUCCUUGCCAUUGUGACCGAAGUGGCAGGUGGCGGGGCAUUCUUAGUUUUGCCGCUUGAUCGCACUGGUAGACUAGAUUUUAACGCCAGCAGAGUAACUGGACACACUGGACCGGUUCUGGAUAUUAAAUGGAAUCCGUUCAACGAUAAUAUCAUCGCUUCCUGUUCUGAUGAUUGCACUAUAAAAUUGUGGCAUAUUCCUGAUGGUGGAUUAUCACGAAAUCUCACCGAGUGGUUAGUGGAGCUGCAAGGACAUAAACGUCGUGUUGCAUACAUAGAAUGGCAUCCUGUUGCUGAGAAUGUGCUGUUCAGUGCUGGCUUUGACCAUCUUGUUAUCGUAUGGGAUAUAAAUAAAGGAGAGGCCGUCAACAUAAUUGAUAGGCAUCCUGACGUGAUCUACAGUAUAUCACUAAAUCGUGAUGGUAGCUUAUUGGCGACAACAUGCAAGGAUAAAAAAUUAAGGGUUUUUGAGCCAAGAUCUGGUAUCGUAGUCUCUGAAGGGGUCUGUCAUGCUGGAACAAAAGCUAGUAAAGUGGUUUUCCUUGGUAGUUCUGGUCGUCUUCUUACGACAGGCUUCAGUCGACAUUCUGACAGGCAAUAUGCUAUCUGGAGUCAGCAUGAUUUGAAUAUACCAUUAACAUGCGAAACAAUUGAUUCUUCCAGUGGAGUAGUUUUUCCAUAUUAUGAUAACGAUACGAACAUGGUAUAUUUGGCAGGAAAGGGUGAUGGUAAUAUUCGAUACUAUGAGAUAGUAAACGAAGCACCGUGGAUGCAUUAUCUUAGUCAAUUCAUCUCUGGAAAUCCUCAACGAGGAUUAGGUGUAAUGCCAAAAAGAGGCGUUAAUACCGCUAUUUGCGAAGUAUUCAGAUUUUAUAAAUUACAUGCGACUCGAGGAAUGUGCGAGCCGAUAUCCAUGAUAGUUCCUCGAAAAAGUGAUCAAUUCCAAGAAGAUUUGUAUCCCGAUACUGUAGGUACUUGCCCAGCUUUAUCAGCUAGAGAUUGGAUAAGCGGAAUGAAUAAUCCACCAAUUUUAAUUUCUUUGAAAACCGGUGGUAGUAUUACUACGCACAAGCCACGAGUAUAUAAGCCACCUCAACUUCCACCAACAACUGAUUUGAAUAAUAAAAAGAAAUUCGCUUUCUUGUCUACCGAAACAGUACCAGAUUACAGACCCAUCGAAUUUCAUGACAUGUCGGAGAAAAGUCAAAAGACAUCUAGUAAUCAAAGUACUAAAUUUCAGCAACUGCAACAAAAAUUCGGCAAUGUUGUAUUACAGAAAAAUAUUAUUUCUCCUCCAUUGAAUGACAAUAAAGUCUUAGAGAAUGUGGACAUUCCUAAUAACGAAGCGGAAUUGAGAUUAGCAUUUGUUCGUCAAACUGAUGAAUUGAGAUUAGUACGAAGACAACUUGCAAACAGUCAGUUACGUGUUAAAGAAUUGGAGGAGCAAAUUCGCAAACUUCAGCGUCAGUAAAUAUACAAUUAUUUCGAAAUAUAUAACGUAUGCGCCGAAUAAAUUUUGUAGCGUUAUUGCUAGUUGUACAACAAACAUGGUACUUAACAAAGUGAUAACGUAUACGUGUAUUGUUCAUGGCAAUCUAAACGCCUACGCUUUUAAUAAAAUUUACACACAUAUAAAAAAGAACAAAAAAAAAAAGAAGAAAAUAAAAGAUAUUUAAAGGUAUUCGAGAAACUUUAUGAACUGGAAAUGCUGGUUAUAUAUAUUCUAAUAAUAUAUUAAUAGAGAGUUAUAUAAUUCUCUCUAAUGUAUCUUAUGAAUGAUAUAUGAUGCAUUUUAUAGCAUUUCGCAUUUCUCUAUAAUAUAUCUUUUUUUUUUUGUAAUUUUUUACAUAGUGAUCUUGGUAUCAUUGUUAGAAAAAAAAGCAGCAAUGAAGCAACAAUAAUUUAGUCAAUUUUUUUAAGAUGCAAUACAUAGAUGUAAUUGUUCUGCUGUAGAGAAACUGAACAAAAAGAUGAACAAAUAAUUGUGAUUUACACUAUUGCCUUCACUAUACAAACGAGUUUUUGUCUAUAUAAAAUCUUAAUAUUUCUCCAAGAUUUUAUCAAAUGACUUUUAAGUAUUAAAUAUUAAUUUCAUAAAUGAAGUUCUUUUUUAAUUCUAUGAAGUUUAAUAUAUUUUUUUUAUUCGCAUAUAAAAAAUAUAAAUGUAUACAUAUUAUUAAUUGUGUAAAUUGUCUUAUCUUUUUAGAAAAUAAUUUUUUAAAAUUAUAUUAUCAAAAAAAAGGAGAAAGAUUAACCUAAUAUAAAGACUCAAAACUUGAACAAAGUAUUAAAUGUUCAGUACAUAAAGAAUUGUACCUGUCUUGUGCAUAUGCACGUUUAUCGUAUGCGAUUCGUUAUAUAUAUAUUAUAUAUAUUAUAUAUAUAUUAUAUAUAUAUUAUAUAUACAUAUAUAUAAUUGUCAUACAUAGAGUGAUAAAUAAAUGCAAAGAUAUUUAGGAGAUGCGAAGAGGAUAUUAUGGAUACAAUAAAACGAACAUCAUUCGAAAAUAGCACAAGAUGCAAGAAUUAAUAAUGAUUAAUAAUUAAAAUUAAGAUUUCUUUCUAA